AUGCCUGGAAGACAGCAGUGGGAAGAGGAGGAGUCUGAGGAGUCCAGCUCCCCCGAAGAGACCUCCCCCAAGUUGGGAGCCAUUCGCCGCAACAAGUUUGAGGAUGAAGAGGGCGAGGACAGCGAUGUUCUAGAGUCUUGGGACGCCGCAGAGGACUCGGAAGUCGAGCGCGAGAAGGCCAAGAAGGCCGCCGAAGCAAAGGCAAAGGCUGAUGCCGAGGCCGCCGCAGCCAAAAAGUCCAAGGCCCAGCGCCGCAAGGAACACAUCGAGGAGCGCGCCCGCCGCCGCGCCGAAGAGGACGACUACACCAGCGAGGAGGAGACCGAGGCCGAGAAGCGCGAGCGCCUCCGCCGCACCGAGAAGGAGUCCGACCUCGCCCACGCCUCGGACCUGUUCGGAGAUGUCGGCGGUGUCCCUGCCGGCCGCAAGGCCGUGACGCCUGGAGCGGCCGUCGUCAUCGACAACAAGGAUCCCACCAACACCGUCAACCUAGCCGCCCUCCCGCUGCUCAACCCCGUCACCAAGCUGCAGUUCGAGAAGUUGCGCGAGACGCUCGUCCCCAUCAUCACGGCCAGCUCCAAGAAGGCCCACUACAGCCUCUUCCUGCAGGAGUUUUCCAAGCAGCUGGCCAAGGACCUACCGAGCGACCAGAUCAAGAAGAUCGCCAGCACCCUGACGGCGCUCAGCAACGAGAAGAUGAAGGAGGAGAAGGCCGCCGACAAGGGCGGCAAGAAGAGCAAGGCCCAGAAGACAAAGACCACCCUCGCCAUCGGCCGCCCCAACGUCGCCGACACCAACACCUACGAGGACACCUUUGGCGACGACGACUUUAUGUGA